AAUAGAAAGAAGAAGAAAAACGAGGAAAAGGCAAAAUGGCGUUUGACGGAGAAUGGCUAAACGCGGGCAUUAUAGUCCCGUAUUUUUAAUUAGUGCAUACAUGUACACAUAUAUGCCGUCUAAUAGAUUAAGCGUUGUUAGAAAUGAUUUGUAUUCGGAUACAUUAGUCUGAGCGUACGAUGGCACGUCUCGUGCUAGCUUAGUGUGCUAGUUAGCUUAGCUUGUUAGCCGCUAACAAAGAGACGUGGAAGUUAUCAACACAUCGCUAAGCAGAGAUCAAGUGUGAGUGUAAAGUGUUGUGAUUGUGUGAAAAUGUGCGAAAGAACGAUAGCAGAGUACGAGGGGGAACUGUGUCCAACAAAAGAAGAGAAUGAGGUGGACGCUGUUUUCAAGAAGCAUCAAAUUGUUACACACAGAACAGGGUCGGGCUGAUUGCACCUGCGUGCUGCGGCACCUGAGAGGCCACACAGCGGUGCCUUUCUCCCGCCGACAGCCAAGCAGCCUGGAGCACUCGUUCCAUUGCGAGUUUACACCGCAGCAUCAUCAGGUGCAACGUUCCAGCUCUUGGACAUCGAAGCAAGGAGGAAGAAAAGAUGUCUGUGAAGAUCAUCUUCUCCCUGAGCACCAGGAGUGGAGCUUCAGGAUGGAGCAGGAGGAGCCACAGACCUCCCACAUUAAGGAGGAAGACGAAGCGUCACAGACUCCUCUCGUUAAAAACGAAGAGGAAGACCCACAGACCCCCCAUAUCAAAGAGGAAGAGGAGGAAAUCGGCAUCAGUCAGGAGGGAGAGCAUCUUAAAUGGUUGGAGGAGUUCCCAGUGAUUGGUGUGAUUGUGAAGAGUGAAGAUUAUAAGGUCAAAGGUGAAAGUGAGGAGAAUCGAGAAGUGGAGCCUCCAAGCAGCAGCUCAACUCAACACAUGACAACAGAAGCUGAUGGAGACCACACUGAGGAUGAAGACUCUAAAGCUGAUAAGACGUGUCACACUGACAACACACGCUUAAAAUGUUCUCACUGUGACAAAACUUUUCAACGCCCUAGUGGCCUCAAAAGACACAUGAGAAUACACACUGGAGAAAAACCCUUUUCCUGCUCAGAAUGUGGUAAAAGUUUUUUACGAAAAUAUGUAUUGAACAAACACAUGCUGAGACACUCUGGGGAAAAAGGUGAAAGUGAGGAGAAUCGAGAAGUGGAGCCUCCAAGCAGCAGCUCAACUCAACACAUGACAACAGAAGCUGAUGGAGACCACACUGAGGAUGAAGACUCUAAAGCUGAUAAGACGUGUCACACUGACAACACAUGCUUAAAAUGUUCUCACUGUGACAAAACCUUUCAACGCCCUGGUGAUCUUAGAAGACACAUGAGAAUUCACACUGGAGAAAAACCCUUUUCCUGCUCAGAAUGUGGUAAAAGUUUUUUACGAAAAUAUGUGUUGAACGAACACAUGCUGAGACACUCUGGAGAAAAGCCUUUUUCUUGUUCAAUCUGCGGUAAAGAUUUUGUACAAAAUCACUAUUUGAAAGCACACAUGAGAUUGCACACCGGAGAAAAACCUAAUACCUGUUCAAUCUGUGGUAAAGGUUUUGUAAGACGUUCCAAUUUGAAAACACACAUGAGAACACACACGGGAGAAAAACCCUUUUCCUGCUCGUUAUGUGGUAAAGGUUUUGCUCACAACUAUUUGGUGAAAGAACACAUGCAAAUACACACUGGAGAAAAACGUUUUUCCUGCUCAGCAUGCGAUAAAGGUUUUGUACGGAAACAUUUGUUGAAAGAACACAUGAGAAAUCACACGGGAGAAAAACCUUUUUCAUGCUCAGUAUGUGGUAAAAGCUUUGCCCGAAAUACAUUUUUGAAGGAACACGCAAGAACACACACUGGAGAAAAACCUUUUUCCUGUUCAAUCUGUGGUAAAAGGUUUGCACGCUCAAAUAAAUUCAAAGUACACAUGAGAACACACACAGGUGAGAAAGUGUUGAGUUGCAGUGUGUGCGGUGAAAGAUUCUCUUUUCAGUACCAGUGUAAGAAACACACGUGUGCUGGUUAGAACAGCAGCAGCAAAUGAAGUCAAAACUUUAACUUUGACAUUCUAACGACAUCAGUACAUUUAACAUGUGUGACAUCAUUGUUGUGUGUGUAACACUCUCCAUGCAUUGAUUUUCCACCGCUUGUCCCUUUCAAACUUCUACCAUUUAUAAUUGGAUAUUUUAGUUUAUUGCUUCUUUCAGUCAAGUACAUGGAUUAAUACACAGCAUUGUGUACUUUUGUUUCAAAUUGUACAGAACAAUUUAACUGUAAAGGUGACAGUAAAUUGUACAAAACAUAUGUGACAUACAUUAAACAUGUUAUGUGUAUAUAGAUAUUCAUAAUUCACUUGUUUUUUAUAUGUUUUUGAAAUUAUGAAGUGUUACAUAUUUUCAAUUCUAAUUGUGAAUGAUUGCAUAGAUUAACUCCUUUAUUUGAUAAACAUAUUUGUUUUACAUUUUUAAUGGUAUUAUUGAGUGAAAAGGACUGCAUUUUAUUUCCAUGGAGAGGUCUGAAAUCACAGGAUGCCGAUGAUGCA